AUGGGUGCAGCCCAUAUUAUAGAUGCAUCCCAUGGAAUGGGUGCAACCCAUAUUAUAAAUACUAUCCAUGGAAUGGGUGCAACAAAUAUUAUAGAUCCUAUAAAUGGAAUGGGUGCAACCCAUAUUAUAGAUCCAAUCCAUGGAAUGAGUGCAGCCCAUAUUAUAGAUGCAUUCCAUGGAAUGGGUGCAACCUAUAUUAUAGAUGCAUUCCAUGGAAUGGGUGCAACCCAUAUUAUAAAUGCAUUCCAUGGAAUGGGUGCAACCUAUAUUAUAGAUGCAUUCCAUGGAAUGGGUGCAACCCAUAUUAUAAAUCCAUUCCAUGGAAUGGGUGCAGCCUAUAUAAUAGAUCCAAUUCAUGGAAUGGGUGCAGCCCAUAUUAUAGAUCCAAUCCAUUCCAAUAUGUGCAGCCCAUAUUAUAGAAAAAAUUCAUGGAAUGGGUGCAACCCAUAUUAUAGAUCCAAUCCAUUCCAAUAUGUGCAGCCCAUAUUAUAG